AUGCGCAAACCGCGAUGCGGUCUAGCGGACAUUCCCGAUCGUGCGUACAGCCCAUUCGUGAAGAAAUGGCCGAAAACGAGACUCACGUGGAUUUUUCAAGUGGCUAGCGAGGAACUCCUACGAACGACCGUAGCGGCGUUCGCGCUAUGGGCGGCGAAUUCGUCGUUGAGGUUCGCGCGCGACUCGCUACGUCCCGAUAUAUUGAUAUCGUAUCGAACGGGCGCUCACACCUACACGAACGUCGAAAACGGCGACGUCUGCCCGGCGGCCUUCGAAGGUCCGGGCGGGGGCCUAGCUCACGCGUUUCUCCCCACCGGAGCGGUCGACUUCGCCUCGGAGGUGCACGUCGACGACGAGAAGCCGUGGCACGUGCUUCUGAACAAGAAUCCCUCAGACAAGUACCAUCUGCUGCUAACGCUAACUCACGAGAUCGGUCACACCUUAGGUCUGCAGCACAGCAUGCGUAAUGACUCGGUGAUGUUUCUGUAUAUACCCGACAAUGAGCUUCAAUAUACGAUUAAACUAAGCGUAGAGGAUAUCCUCGCUGUACAGAAUCUGUACGGAUCUCACGACGACGGAGAUCGGCCCGCGAUUCCCGCGAUCACCGCCGCGUCCACUACCACCGUAGCGCCGACGACCGGCGUCGCGCCGACCGAUCCGUCGCGCGAAGAUCUUUGCGCUUUACGGCAUCUAGACGCGGUCUUAAUCAUGAAUCGACGUUUGUACGUAUCUAACCGACGCAACGUAUGGUCGAUCAACCUAACCGAGAAACGCUACGGUAGACCCAUGACGCUAACGGAAUAUGCGACAUUUCUUCCAACUUCACGCGUCUAUUCGCCGCGUAUCAAAGACCCUCGGGUGAUCUCGCUCUAUUCGCGAACGACGUGA